AUGGGGUACAAACUGGACCGUAUCUACGAAGUAUGGCAUUUCCCUAAAAGCAGUAAGGAUUUAUUUAGACAAUACAUUGAUACUUUUUUGAAAAUCAAGCAAGAGGUCUCUGGAUUCCCGACCGACUGUCAGACGGAGGAACAGAAACGAGCAUAUAUCUAUGAUGUGUUGAAUCCAGAAGGCAUCAUGAUGGAUCCUUUGAAGAUUGAAAAAAAUCCAGUGCUGAGGACCAUUGCUAAAUUGUUUUUAAAUUGUUUGUGGGGAAAAUUCGCCCAGCGCCUACUCCUACCCAAAACUCGAUACUUGUCAGAAGAAGAGGAAUUACAGCAACUCUUACAAUACUCUACUUUAGACAUCAAAGGAGUAGAACUGUUGGAAAAUACAGACAACCCAGAUGCAGACAUGAUGUUGGUGAAUUACCAGGAGAAACAGGAAUUCGUCGAGGAAUGCCCUUUUGGAAACGUAGUGUUGGCCUGUUUCACUACAGCUCGCGCUCGUUUGCAUCUGUAUGAAACUUUACAGCCCUUGGGAGAGCGGACUCUGUAUUUCGAUACCGACAGUAUCAUUUAUCAACAUAAGGAGGGAGCCUUUAACCCUACCAUUGUCAACAGUUUGGGAGGAUGGACGGACGAAUUAGAUGGGGACCGCAUCAUUAAAUUCAUGUCGGGAGGGCCUAAAAAUUAUGCUUACGUCACAGCCAAAGGAAAAUCUGUGUGCAAAGUCAAAGGAUUGACUCUGAACUAUCGGGCCUCCCAGAUCGUGUCUCCAGAGACUUUAGAAAAAAUGUUGAAGAAAGAAAUAGAUGAAAUCCAGGUCUCCUAUCCCUACAAAAUACAAAGGACCCGUCACCAUGAAGUCAAGACCAUGCCUUUAGAAAAACAAUAUAGAAUUGUGUAUGACAAAAGACAAAUUGUAAAGAAUUAUAACACUUUGCCUUAUGGUUAUUAA